AUGCAACCUGGGCUUUAUAGUGCAACCGCUACCGCUUCUUUGCUUCGUCUUGCGCUCGUCCUUACAUUCAGUCCUUUCUGCCGCGCUGCCCCUUCUGUUAUCUCUGAGAGAAACAACAACCCUUUGAACAUCAACUGGGACCCAGCCCCAGCUCCAGAAGACGGACCUGCAUUCUCUGCUGGUGCCAUUCGAGAUCCCUCCUACCUGCCUGCCCAGAUCGGUGGCAUAGUCGGCGCCUACGCGUUUUCGCUCGUCGUCGUCGCCGCUGUCCUCCUGCUCCUUGCCAAGAAGCGUCGGGAGCACCUGGAGGCUGCAGAAGAGGACUUGGACGAGCUCAAGUACGAGUUUGCUUUUCAGCCCGAGUUUCCAGAGGGCCAGGGGCCUGUUCCGGAGGCGCUUGCAAGCCCAAGGUCGCCGAUCAAGAAUUUCUCGUACCCAACGCCAACCGAGCAAGAUCCGACACCGUAUAUCUUGCCUUCACCUUCCUCAUAUACCACUGCCCUAGGUGUCAACCCAUUGGUGGACCAGAACGUGGUCGCUGCUGACCGAGAGAUGGCGCAACAACAGCUGGAAGAGAUGUACAAGCUCGUGAUGGAACAAGAGGAGGCAAAGCAAGCCGGCGUGGUGCUGCAAGGGCCGCCAGCACCAAUCGUAAAACAGCCACCGACGCCUUCCUCGCAAAAGUCAGGGUUCCUGCGAAAAGGCAAGAAUAAGCCGGCGAAUCUCGAUCUUGAAAGACCUGAGACAGAAAAGCCACAGUCGCGCACCUCGUCUAUACUGUCCGCCUUGAAGUCGCCUCGGAGCAAGAAGUCCAUGAAGGCCAUCAGCAUCUCGUCGCCCAUUAUGACACCAAUGUCUGGGACCUUCCCGCGCCAGGAGGGAGAGGAGAUGGAGACCAUCCCGCCGCGACACUACGCGCCGGCUCCUCCGCCUCCAGUCCCCACGGAUCAGAACCCCUACGUGGGGAGGAGGAUGACCCGCCCCGUGGAACCCCUGACUCCGCCAGACGUCUCCCCCGAGAGCACGAUGAGCAUCGACGAGAGGCUAGAUGCUCAGUUCGGCCAUUCGCGGAAUACUUCACAGGCCCCCACCGAGGGCGACCCGGUGUCGGCAAUCUCAGAGAGGUCAACUGCACCACUUGUAGGCUUGCCGUCGUCGCCCAAGCCCAGCGUAACACGGUUCCCCUCGCUCCCCUCGUCGCCGAAGCCUGGCGCGACCUUUUCGCGGGGAAAUGCUCCGUCGGCCAUCCGCACUGGCGGUUCGCUUCCGUUGCGAGCAUACGAGCCAUCCAUGGUUUCCCCUCGGAUGCAGACUACCAAGCAGACUGUAUUUGAGAGAGCGCCCCUGUCCCCGGGUGGGCUGCGGACACCAUACACCGGCGCGGCAGUUCCAUACUCGCCAUACCAGCCAUAUACUCCAGUCGUGCCAAUGACGCCUUCGCUAGUCACGAAGGCCGACCGCAAGAGAAUGAAGGCUCUUCAACCCAAGACGCCGACCUUGCAGAUGGUGCAGAGCUCGGAUGAUAUAUGGUGA